GUUGCACCCAUCCCUCCCGGAAGCGCUCAGGCUCCAAGCCAGCCAUGGAGCCCUCCGGCAGUCAGAGCGGGACUGGCGCGGCUUCUGCACCCGCGGACUCAGCCUCGGCCUCGGUGACCCUGGCGCAGCUCCUGCAACUGGUCCAGCAGGGCCGGGGGCUCCCCGGCCUGGAGAGGCGCCACGUCGUGGCGACCCUCGGCGAACCCACGGCGUCCCGGCUCCCGCGGAGGCCCAAGCCCUGGGAGGCCUCGGGCUCCGCCGACGCCCCCGCGCCGCCCUUCCAGACCCGGGGCCACAGGCCCGACGACCCUCCCUAUGGGCAGAGGACCCUCCUGGAAGAACCUGGCUCCGGGGAGGCUGCGACAGCGCCUUCCUAGAUGGAACAUAGUGGGUUCCUGAGGCUCGAGGUCCUUUGCAACUGUGAAUGAAAAAUGUUGCUGCCCUAUCAGCAAAGGACGCUGCAGCCAUCUAGCCAUCAGCCAAUACUGCGGCCCCGUCGGUGAGCCCUAGGGAACCCAGGAUGGAGACAAAUGGGCUGCCGCUGCCAAGCCCUUAGCCACUGCAGACACUGUCAACGGCGCACCCUGAGGGGGCUCAAGAUGGGAAAGAACAGGAUACUGGCCUUGGAUAGCUAAGGCGCAUAUCAAAGGCAAAGUGUCAGUGAGCCCAGACUCUUGCAUCUACCUGUUCACAGAAAAAAGCUCAAUUCAUUAACGUGAGAUGUCGGGUUUUCUUUAAUUAACAGUAAUCUUUUGAUGUUCUGACUACCUGAUUUUGUCGCAGAACUCCUAUCUAUCCUUCAGAGCAGUCCCUCAGAGCUAUCUGAGAGGCUGCCUCCUGGGCUUGCAUCCUCAGAAAGUCUGCCAAAUAAAAUAAUUCUCAACUUUGAGGUUUUGCUUUUUUUUUUCAGUCAACAGUUUUGGUGACCAUGGAGGGAACCAGAGCAGACUUCUCCUCUUCGCCUGAACUCUACGAGGAACCGGACCCUUGGUACUGGAAGAGGCCUCUUGUGCCCAUCCGCCUCCUUGGAGAGUUCAUACGAACUUGGGUGAGUCUCUCCUGGUUCUUGGAUCUCCUGAUUAUUGGUUGAUUAUCCUGAGUUUUAUUUGGCAGUGUCUAACAGAUGCCUGGCUCCCCAGUUGAAAGACAUUGGGGAGUGACCUCCCUAGUUGAAAGAUACUAGGGGAGCCCAGUUGAAAGACACUGGAAGAAAAUGCCCCCCAGCUGAAAGAUACUGGGGGAACCCGGUUGAAAGACACUUGGAUUUGCUCAGUUGAAAAGAUAUUUGGGGACUUCCCUGGUGGUCCAGUGGUUAAGCCUCUGCGCUUCCGCUGCAGGGGGCACGGGUUCCAUCCCUGGUCAGGGAACUAAGAUGCCACACCGCGGGGCCAAAGAAAAAAAAAAAGUACUGAGCAGUCUGGGCUGAAUGUUUAGAUAAGAGGGUGACCUGAUGUUUUCCUCAAAUUGGCUACCUUAAUAAGAAUUUGUCAGGAUAAAAGUGCACUAGUAAGUUUUAUCCCCGACGAAUUCAACUUUAAAACGGGAAAUAGAUUAUCUCAAACAAAAACGAAGGGCUUCAGAAAACCAACCUCCGAUUAACACUCUAGGCAAAUUCAUGAAUGUACGGAGCUCAUACUUGCAAGUACCUACUUAAUUGGGAGUCAAAGGAAAUCUCAUCCUGAAAAUGACUCAGAUUGGGCUCAUUUAUUGAAUACGCAGUUAAGUUAGAAAAAGCCGGCUUGAUAAAAACAUCUUUUCAAAAUUCUGACCUUAAAAAAACAAAAACAAAAGCCCUUCUGGGGGAAGUUUCAUUUCUCUUCCUGUGUCUUUGAGAUGUAAAUGUUCUACUCGAUCUUCUUCCAGCCUUUUGUGUGUAUGGCUUUUGAGAACUUGGUCUCUGCCAUCCAAAAGGUGCACAUAUGGUGUACAUUUGGCAGCCAAUUAAAUAGACUGGGAUUCUGAGCAGUCUUUUGUCUGGCUGUACCAACUCUUGGGGAUUUUUUGCCAUCUUAACCUUCAUUGCGUCAGCCUGUACAACAAAGGCCUUUACUUCCUUAGACUAUAUUUGGGAAUAAACUUUCUGGAUCUUGUUUAGGCAGCAGCCUUCACACUCUCUUGUGGGGAACGCCUCUUGCAUCUUAUUGGUUUGAGUCACUAUUAAGAUA